AUUAUCUGCCUGGGACUGCAAAACAUUGAAUCAGCAAUAUUACAAUUCUGAUGUAAAUCAGAUCAGGUCUGAAACUAGAAGGACAUAUGGCCAUGAAUAUCCCAUAGUUAAAGUCUUCUUACAAGUUUGUUGGAGACAGAACAUACGUUGUGUUUGUGUAUUACUCCCUUGGUGGCACAGAGUGCAGAAGACUCUUUGAAGGAACGCCAAAAAUCAUGCGUGUGUCCAACAUAGAAGGAAACAAAUCUAUAAUUUACAAACAAGGAGACACCUCUGACAUACAUUUCACAAUUGCUGCCUCUUGUAUCUUCACAGUCUGCUUGUUUGGAAUGCUGGGGAAUGGAAUUGCUUUCUGGUUUCUUAGCUUUAGGAUCCCAAGGAACAAAUAUACAGUUUAUAUAAUCAAUCUGAUGAUCGCUGACUUUAUUUAUCUAUUCUUUAAUGCAACCCUUAUGACACUGCACAUUGACCAAUUAAUGGGUUUUCAUCCAUAUUCCCCUGGUAUAGCAAAGGCUAAUCUUCUAUUGGAAUUAAUGUAUGAUGGUGCAUACCAGGGAGGAAUGCUAUUCCUGCUUGCAAUUAGCAUAGAGAGAUGCCUAUCUGUUUAUUAUCCUAUAUGGUACCGUUGCCGUCGGCCAAAACACCAAUCAAUUAUAGUCUGUUUAUCAGUGUGGGUUGUUGCUUGUCUAGUCAGUUUUCUUCAAAAUCUUGUGUGCUCUCCCCAACCUUUUUCAACUGGGUCUGUAGAGUGUACAGGUGUUCAGAUGAUGUCCUUUGUUCUAUCUAUAGGACUUUCUGCCCCAUUGAUGAUUUGUUCAAGCAUCAUUUUGCUUAUAAGGAUUCAAAAAAUGUCCAAGAGGUGUCGUCCUCCAAAACUUUACACUAUCAUUAUUAUUACAGUCUUUGUAUUUCUCAUAGCCACAGUGCCGAUAAAGUUUAUGUGGUUAUUACUUUAUUUCAAAUAUUUACCACGAAAUUUUCAUACUGCCCGUUUCGUCUUUGCCAGUGUACUAUGCACUGUACUUAGCAGUAGCAUUAAUCCCUAUAUAUACUUCAUGGUGGGCAUACAAAAGAAACAGAAGAAAGAGAAAUUACAGCAUUCUAUUCAGUUUGCUCUUCAAUCUGCGUUUCAUGUUGUGGAUGAAGAGGCUGAAAACCCAGUUGGGGACAUCUCAAGAAUUAGCUAUAUAAACACUUAAGAAAUAAAUCCAAAUAAGCUUCACUUAUUUGUAAAUACACAUAUGAAAAUGCAUUUUUUGGAGACACUAUUUUUUUAAACGUACUUAUACAAAACCCACUUUGGAAACUAUAUUGC